AUGGGUGAAGUUGAAGACGAAUGUCAUUUUGCCCUAUUUUGCAAAUAUUACACAAAUGAUAGAAAAAUUUUAAAUGAAAAACUGCGAUUAGAAUUUACGACAAAACUAGACUGUCAUGAUGAUUUUCAAUCCAUCAUGUCAUCCAGUGACCCAAAACUGUUAAAUGUAUUUUCGAAAUACAUCCUGACCUGUUUCACCAAACGAAAUGAAUGCCUUGAAACCGGAAAUAACAUAACAAGACCUAAUGACUAA